UAGUUAGGGGAAGAGCAGAACUUUGGCCGGAUUGUAUAUCAUUGUCGAGCCGCUGGUGCUCCUGAUGGUCUCCUGUAUGGGCCGUGCCAGCAACCAUCAUGACAAACACGACCAUCACGUUCGAUAUUCCGGGCACGGUGCAGCUUGUCGACACCCAAGGCGUUCUCGACGUGAAGCAUGGCUCGGAGCACACUAACAUCGUUCUUGUUCCGCAACCGAGCAGCGAUCCGAAUGAUCCGCUAUCAUGGACGCGAAAGCGCAAGACCUUCAACAUCUCUUGGGUCAUGACAUGGUGCUUCUUCGGUGCUGCCAUCGUAUCCGGCCUGUCUCCCGCCUACCUCCAGAUCCAAGCAGACACCGGCAUCUCCGUCGCGGACCUUAGCACCGGCAAUGGCCUCAUGUACCUCUUUCUCGGCUGGGGCACUCUGCUCACCCAAAACUUCGCGCUCAAUUACGGCCGACGCCCGACUCUUGUUUAUUCUAUGGUCGCGAUGACCUUCAUCAGUCUAUGGACUGCCUACGUCAAGUCCCGAGCCGAAUUCUUUGUGAACCGCAUCAUUAUCGGCAUCAUCUCUUCGCCAAUGGAGACUCUCAUCGAAGUUAUAAUCGACGACCUCUAUUUCGUCCACCAACGAGGCUUUUACAUGGGAAUCUACAGUUGGACGCUGUGGUGCGGUGCCUUCCUCUGCCCAGUCGCCACUGGCUUCAUCGCCGAAGACCUGGGUUGGCGUUGGAUCCAGUACAUUCUGUCCAUCAUAGGAGUCGUAGUCACCAUCUUGACCUUUCUUUUCUUCGAAGAAACCAUGUUCUACAGGCCCAGUCUACAAACCGAUAUCCGUGGCAUCCCCAAUCAGCAACGAGGUGUUUUUGAUAGCGAUAAGAGCGCGGUCGACACCGAGCCGUCCGAUGACAGAAAACCUCAAGUUGCGAAUGAUUUGACCACAGUCAACUCUGACAACGAGACACGCACUUUGCCGACCCGCGUCGAGGCAGCACCCGAGAAGCUUUUUUGGUCCAGGUUCAAGCUAUGGGGCUAUCAAGACGACCGGAAACCGAAACAGCUGAAGCAGUCUCUUCUACCAUUUUACCUCCUUCGAUUUCCUUCCGUCAUCUUCGCGGGUAUUCUGGUUGGGGGAAUUCUCUCGUGGUACAACGUGGUCGGCGGCUCCUUGGCCCUCAUCCUUGGCAACCCACCUUACAACUUUGGUUCAAACGUCAUCGGUCUCUUUUACCUUGCUUCGGUGAUUGGGGUCUCGAUAGGAUGCUUGAUAUCAAGCUGGGCCAGCGAUGCCUUGUCAGUAUGGAUGGCUCGCCGACAUGGAGGUGUUAUGGAACCAGAGCAUCGUCUUUGGGUGUGCUUCCUGGCUAUCAUAGCCCAUCCGGUCGGUUGCAUCUUAUACGGCGUAGGGGCUUCAUACCAGAUCCACUGGGUCGGUAUUGCUUUUGGGUUGGCCUUGAUAUCUGUUACUCUUCCACUGGGAACAAGCAUGGCGUUCACAUAUAUCCUUGACAGCUUCAAGGACCUGGCUGGUGAGGGCUUCGUGUCGGCUAUUCUCAUUCGCAACACCAUGGGCUUCGCUUUCAGCUACGCUGUAGUACCCAUGAUCAAUAGCAUUGGCCUUCGAGAUGCCUUCAUAGUGACCGCUGUUCUUGGAGUAACGUUUUGGGCACUGUGUUUGGUCAUGAUGUACAUAGGAAAGCCCUUACGACGUAUGGCAGCACCUCAUUACUGGGACAUGGUAGAAAAGCAUAGCCUAUCAGGACACUGAGUCUCUACAGAAAAUUAGCCACGUCUUAUGCGUGGAGAGUUUUAUGCAAUAGUUCUCGCGCUCUCUACACAUGUAACAUGAACAAACAAAGUUCAACCACAAUUGCUGCGUUUGGGUGAUGAAGCUCCUUGCAGUUACAUCCAAACUUGACUUGGUUCCUUGCAGAUACUUGCCAGCGUCAAAUACAACGCAGUUGAAUUCUGGUAGGUCUCGGAGUACACCUAGGAAUUGCCCGCAUAUGUUGCUG